CUCACGGGGGUUCUUGGCGUAUACCUGUCUGCCUGUCCCGCAGCCUCUCCCCGAGCCUGGGCCCCUUCCGUUCCUCUCCCGUGCCUGGGCCCCUUCCUCUACCCCUGCAGGUGGGAUAGGACGCGGGGUUUGAACAGCUCUCUAUCCCGCGAGUGAAGUGAAUUUUUUGACGCGUUUGUAUAAGCGGGAAACUUAGUGGCCGUUCAUGUCCCCUUUCCUUCUCCUGUUCCACACUGGCGGCGACGGGAAGUGACGGUUCCCACCGUUCUUGGAAAUGACUUUGAUCCCGCCAGUCAGGAAAUAAAUAUAUAUAUAUAUAUGACGCAGAAUGCGCUCUGCUACCCAUUAUUAGGCAUUCCUGAGCGGUGUAGCGCGCCUUUGAGGAGCGCCGCCACCAAUACUAAACACUAAGGCACAUCACAAGUGUUUCUUCAGUGUGUAGUGUGUUUAUUUCUGCCAGACUGACACACAGCUGAUGCCCCGCAAGCCGUCUUGUCAACACAUGGAGCCGUGACACAUGUGAAUGUUGGCUCUGGCACUCGCUAAUCUAUUGAGAAGUAUUUUGCAUUCAUUUGUUCAAUUGCAGAUAAGAUUUGAUAGUGAAAAUGAGUUAUUUAUCCUAUUGCAAAUGAAUAAUGAUAACAGACUUGUGUUAAUCUGACGGACACGACGAUAUUCGGUGAAGUUUUAAAUGAAAGUUCUUACUGUUAAACGGAAUACGAAGUUUUAAUAGUCGUAGACAGUGUUUACACGUGUGUGGUUAAGUGUGAAUAGCUAUCAGUUCAGACUUCACGCUAGUUAAGGCCUACUAGCUGUGUCUGAAGCCUAUUCCAGGGCUAGGGUAGCCCUGAGAUAGGCCUAAGAGCAUGCGUCAGCCCACACACCCACCUGCAGCAGCCCACCGCCCACCACCGAACUAGCCCACCCUCCACGGUCGCCCUCGGGGAAGCUCUCCUGCUGUUCCUACAGGCCGGAGAUCAUGAAACUUGGGUGGAGAGGGAGAUCGGGGGCCUGGCACUCCUUCAAUCGCCUUGGCCUCCUCCUCCUGGUGGUGGUGGCGACGCCCUUCGUCUUCGGCACCAGCACGGCGGACCUCAAAAGGCGGGAACCCAAAUGGUGGAGAAUCGCCAAGAUCGCGGACCCCACAAAUCUCAUCAGCAAUCACAUCAAGUCGAACUCCCUGAGCGACCACGACUUAGACCCGGCUAUCCGGCUUAUCUUGCGCCGGAAACAGCGCCGGCUGGUCCGUGAUAACCCGGGGGCGCUGGUGGCAGUGGCUAAGGGUGCCAGGACCGCCGUCCACGAGUGCCAACAUCAGUUCCGUAAUCGCCGGUGGAACUGCUCCACUUCCCUCUUCACCAGCAGGAAGACACUCUUUGGGAAGAUACUUAAUAAAG